GACUAGACGUAACUAGACGUAAUAAGACGUAAACGUAGUUUGAUAUGUUUUUAUUUAAAAUCCAAAACAUAACAACAGACCAUGGUUGUCUAAGCUACAGUGGAACAGACUUCCUUCUACAAAUCUUUUGCAGAGUUUCAAUACGUCAGUAUACAAACGAUUCAUUAAGAAAAUGCUUAGAUCCAAUUCUGGACCGAAAUCAUUUGCAAGACCUCGGCCUUCAGGAGGUAUGUACUCUUCUUCGAAGAAGUCCAAACAAACGUGUGAGAGACCUUUGUCUCCUGAAGACCUCAACCCUCCCACCACCUUGAGGGAGCACGGACGAAGGGGUGAGGGCCCUUUGUCUAGUGGAGGCACCAACCCUUCUGCCACCAUGAAGGGGCACAGGCAUUGGGGUGAGGGCCCUUUGUCUUGUGCAGAGAACCCGCCCUCUACCACCAGGCAGCAAGAACGGAGGGAUGUGACCUCUUUGUUCUUCGUUGGCACCAACCCUUCUACCACCGUGAAGGAGCACAGGCAAAAGGGUGAGGGCCCUUUGUCUUGUGCAGAGAACAAGGCCUCUACCACCAGGCACCAACUAUUAAGGGCUGUGAGAUUUUUCCCUUCUGAUGAAGUCAAGGCUGUUACUCCAAUGCGGAGACAAGCAUGGAGGAGUGAGAGUUCUUUGUCUUCAUCUUCUGAAGACGACCAGCCUUCUACCACAAGGAGGGAGCAAGAAAAAAGGGCUGAGAACCCUUCUUCAUCUGAUGAAGUCAAGCCUUUUGCUCCAAUGCGGCUUCAGGCAUGGAGGAGUGAGAGUUCUUUGUCUUCAUCUUCUGAAGACCAGCCUUCUACCACGAGGAGGGAGCAAGAAAAAAGGGCUGAGAGCCCUUCUUCAUCUGAUGAAGUCAAGCCUUUUGCUCCAAUGCGGCUUCAGGCAUGGAGGAGUGAGAGCUCUUCGUCUCUCGACCAGGAGGAGGAGAGGAAAACCUUUGGUCUGCUCUCAAGGAUUUACCUUUGGUGGCUCCACCGCAAGAUAGACGGCAUCGCUAGAGAAAUCCAGUCAACCGUCGAGGAUGAGCGCAACCUCCUGCGUCACGGUCACCUCAGUAAUUCCAAGAAAAUGGCGGAAAAAGAACGACUGCUUGACCGAAGGACGGAGCUGGUUGUGUACAAACGCAGACAAGAAUUUAAGGUGGAGAGGGAAGUGAGGAAGCAAAGACUGAAGGCAAAGAGGAAGGAAGAAAAGGUUUUGAAGAUGGAGAAAAUCUCAGAGUUAUGCAACAACCCAAAAAGGCCAACGACAGACAGGCGUAGAUUUAAAUUAUAUAGCAUUUAAGAGAAAAGGAGAGCAAUCAGAAAAAUGGCACCAAAUAGAAAGAGAUUUGACAAAACUGAAGUAAAGAAAAGUUAAAAAUUCUAUUUACACAUUAGCAACCACCAUCAAAUAUCCUCCCAACCACCUGAUAACACCCUAGAUGCUUUAAUUCAAUUACAAAAUGAUUAGCCCCCUUAUGAAAUUAUACAAAUCUCUUGAUUUCUCCAUGGAAAUGACCAUUAACAUCGAGUGUUUAUAGUGUAUUUGUUUUCAACAUAACAAAGACAAAAUGUCCACUAAGUUUGAUUGGGAUAUUUUAUUGAGUUAAAACAAGAAAGGGCAAAAUUGUUAGCCCCCAGGUCAUUAAUAUAUUAUAUUAAUGGCCUGGGGGCUAAUAUUAUAUUAAUAGUGUACCCUUUCUGUGCCACAUCUGACAACAAGCUCUUAGAGUAGUUCUUUACUAGGAUGGCUCAGGUCUCCUGAGGGAUUUUGGCCCGUUCUUCUAUCGCAAAUUGUUCCAACUGGUCUAAAUUGCGUGGUUUCUGAGCAUGGACAUUCCCUUUGAGCCCCCGCCACAGAUUCUCAACAGGAUUGAGGUCUGGGCUCUGGGUGGGCCACUCCAGGACCUUGGUUUUGGUAUCAUUCAGGAACUGUUGGACCAAUUUCGAUGUAUGCUCUGGGUCAUUGUCUUGGUGGAAGACCCAGCGACGACCUAAGGAAAGACCACAUAUUUUUGCAUAUCAUCUGUCAAAAUGUCAACAUAAUUUUCCUUUUCCAUGAUGCCAUGCACCCGAACAAGGCUCCCUGUGUCUUAGGCUGCAAAACAGCCCCACAGCAUGAUGCUCCCCCCACCAUGUUUAACUGUGGAAACCGUGUUCUUAGGGUUGAAGGCCUCUGCCUUUCUUCGCCAAACAUGAGCAACAUCCAUGUGUCCAACCAGUUCCAGUUUAGUCUCAUCAGACCCAAGUGCAGACUUCCAAAACUCAUCUUUACCUUUCAAAUGUUCACUGGCAAACCUCAGUCUGGCUGUGAUGUGCCGCUCUUUGAGUAAAGGGGUUCUUCUGGGACGAGGGCCCUGAAGCCCACCACGAUGAAGAGCCCUCACGUCUGUGUUCCUUGAAACAUCAACUCCAGGAGAGGCCAGGUCAGCAACAAUCAUCUUGCUGACAUCUCGGACUAUUUUCCUCUCCAGAGUUCUUGCGUGUGCUUACGACCACGCCCAGGUUUGUUUCUUACAGAAUUUGUCUCCUUGUACUUGCAACGUACAGGAAUGGCUAUCCCGCCAUUUCCAAAUGCUUGGAAAUGGCGGGAUAGCCUUCCCCCUUAUCAUCAGCCUCCACUCUCUUCCUUCUGAGCUCAAGACUGAUUUCCUUUGUCUUUGGCAUGGUGAGUAUAUGUAGUCGUAGUAGUAGUUUUCAGUAGCCUCUUAAUGAUGUGUUCAAGUGCCCUGUUCAUUGGAAUCCUUUUACCCUGAUUAAAUGCUCAGGUGUUGUUAGGAAGCCAAUUGACUGCACAGGUGUUUUUUUUAAAGCUGAUUGGUUAAUUAGCUUUAUUUUGAAAGCAAAAGUUCACAUGGGGGCUAAUAUUUUUGACCACCCCAUUUUGACUAUAUUUGAUGUAAAGUAAGCCUAAAAAUGUAUUUUACAUUCCAAAAUGUACCAAAAGCUACUAAAUAGCAUUGGUGAAUGUUUGAUUAUAUCAAGUUUUAUUGAGGCUUUGUGCCAGACAUGUUAUAGCCCAAUGCGUUAUGUUAUGUGUGUUAUGUGGGCAGCCGUUGUCUUCCUGUGUGUGUCUCUCCCCUUUCCCCCCCACUGUGUCUGUGUGUGUGUAUGUGUGUACGGCCGGUCGAUCUACCUCUCUGCACAGCUGCUGGUUAUUCCACUCACCAACUCUACAGUAUUUAUUCCUGGGUGAAGCUCCCCCCCGGCUCCAGAUGGAUGCACCUACCAGUGAGACCUACUCCUCCAGACCUGUUGCCGUGGCUCAUCAUCCUCAAGCCUUCCUACCUUCCCGCUGGGAUUCCAGAAAGAAAGUUUGGAUCCAGCACUGCCUGCCCUCCUCGGCCCCUAUCCAGCUCGGAGUCAGCCUACCUUGUGUUUUCUGUCCUUGGCUGCUCUUCCAGUCCCUCAAGCUGUCUCCUCGGACAUAAUGUCUACAGCGCGGACUCAUUUUUCAACAGAGACCACUGUCGUCCUCCACGGAGGCUUCUAAG